GGCCUACUCAAAACUGAACUCCAUUUCUGCCGUCUCCUCCUCUCGCUUCCCUCGCCGGGAAACUUUUUUUACUUCCGCAAAACAGAACAAGAAAAAAAUGGCGUAUCUCACCUUUUCCCUCCGGAUUCUGCUGAUUUCCACCGCCGUUCUGUCCGCCGGAGUGGCGGUGAAAUCCUCUGUUCCAUUGCUGAGAGAUUUCUCCGCCUACCGAGCUCCGGAGCUCUGGAGCUCGAUCUCGUCGUGGCUCAGGCCUCCGUACCUCUACUUCGUCAUCAACUGCAUAAUCAUCACCAUUGCCGCCACGUCGCGGUUCCACCACGGCGGCGGAGAGGAGCAGCCGCGGAAGAUUGAGGCGGUGGCGGUUGUGCGGCCGGAUCGAUUCGAUUUCGAUGAGGCGAAGGUCUCUGAUGUUGUUGUUUCUGCUGCUCAUUCUAUCAAUUACGGCGGAGGAGCGGUGGAGGAGAUGCGGCGGGAGGCGGUGGCGAUGGAUGCCGAUUCAGGAUUAAUGUUCGAGGACAAGAAGGCGGUGACUGUGAGCGGCGGUGCUUCCUUUGCGGCUGAAGAAGAGGUCGUGCUGCCGGCUGACGAGGAUGAAUUUGUGAUAUCGAGAUCUGAAUGGAUUCCGCCGAAGAGAAUUGAUUCGUCAGAGAAACUUCUGCUCGAGGCUCUGUCCCCGGCGCCGGCCGAGAAACCUCUCGUUUCCGCUCGAUUCGUUCACCGGAAGCCGGUCAAGGUCAACACUCCCGAAGGUGGAAGGGCGUUGAGGAAGGUGUCGAAGCCGAAGCGAAACGACACGCUGGAGAACACGUGGAAGAUGAUAACGGAAGGGCGGCCAAUCCCGUUGACGAGGCACCUCAAGAAGUCGGACACGUGGGAGAAUCACGGACGUCACAUCAACGUGCCGGAAUCCUCCUCCCUCGACUGUGAACCGAGUCCGCCGCCGGCGAUGGUGAAGAAAUCGGAGACGUUCAAGGACAGGACCAACCAGCUCCCCCCGCUCAGCGGAGGGACGCCGUCGCCGGCGACGGCGGGAGGGGAGAGGAGACUGAAGAAGGAGCCGUCGCUGGGUCAGGACGAGUUGAACCGCCGAGUCGAGGCGUUCAUCAACAAGUUCAACGAGGAGAUGAGGAUGCAGCGGCAGGAGUCAAUAAACCGGUACAAGGAGAUGAUUAGCCGUGGAAGCAAGUGAUAGAUAGUAAUAGUAUUGAAUUUUUAUUAAAAGGUGGAAAAAGAUCAAUGGAGGUUGGUUUUUUUUUAUUAUCAUAUAUGGAAAUUAUACCAACAGUGAAAAUUUGUUUUUUUGUUUUUUGAAUUUUGGGAUGAUCAUGUUUGAAUUUUCAUGCUCUCAACUCUCAAGUUAGGUUUAGAGGGGGGAUUGGUGGACUGGAGGAUGGUUUAUUAUUUUGGAUUUGUUUUGGUAUGUAAAUUACUGACUUUUUUUAUUUUGUGGUUUAUUAAUAUAAAGGCGAGGUUAAUUACAUAAAUUGUCUCUGUUUUUGAGAAGGAUUUAUUUACUGUGUAUCAUGGAAAUAGCACAUGAAUUUGUUCUUUCCUAUGGACUAAAACACGUUAUUAUGGAUCCCUA